AAAAUGGGUAACUACUUUAAUCAACCAGCCAAUCCUAAUUAAGGAUUAUUACAAUUUUUAAGAUAGCUCCACUUGCCUGAAAUACAAAAAGUUUCCAAAUAUGUACAAUAAAAUUAUCCAGCAACGAAUGUUUUAUCUUUGGGGGAAUUUUUUGAUGUUUAUCAUGACAUUCUUAAGUAACAUUGUGGUGAAAUGUUUGAGACCCUAGAAAAUAAUCAUAGUACAGAUGGUUUAACAGAUAUUUAUGAGAGUCAAGCAGUUUUAGUAAUUGAUUCAAUUAGAAUUAGAUCAUUUUUUCUGAUACCGAUUUUGCCACCAAAGUUAAGUACAUAAGCUAAGUAUUUGAUUUGGAUAAAUCUUAAAAACUUGAAAAGAUUGAACUUAUUAUGAUUUUCUAAACAGCAAUCAGAGCAUUAUGUAAAAUUGUAAAUAUGAAACCACCUGGAUUUACAGAUAUCGAAUAUUAUGUUGAAGCCAUUUUCAUAGAAAUAGAUAAAAAUCUAGAUCGUACUAUAUCAUAUGAAGAAUUAUAUUCAUGGUUGGAUAACAAUUACCAACUUUAGGAUUUUUUAUUAAAAUACGCUUUAACUUAGACAUUUUAAAAUGCUAAAAGAAGAACUUAAGAGAUUUUCAAUUCAAAAGCUUUGUUUAAACCUAAUUAAGAAUAAUGGAUUUAAGAGUAUAUUAAUUAAGCUGAAGAGAGCUAUAGCUAACUUAUUCAAAGAAAAAAACUAGUUUCUGAUAGGGUCAAGGAUGAAAUCAAUUAUGCUUGGUCAGCAUUCAAGGCAACUGAUAUCAAUAAUGAUGGUACAAUAUCUGUAAGAGAAUUACCUUAUUUAAUUUAUGGAUUUGAAGGAAUAAUUAUUAAAGAAGUCAAAAAAAGAUUUGGUUAAUUAGAUAAAGAUAAAAGUGGAAGCAUUUCUUUAAAAGUAAUUAAAUAAAUAAUCAUAUUAGGAAUGGUUUAAUUUCUUAUAAUUAGAUUAAGGAGUAGAAAUGUGUAAAUCUAUUGUUAAGAGAUAUUUUCUUAAAAGGGAUACAAAUAAUGUAGGUAGUCUUAACAACUAGUAAUCCUGUUAAGUAUUAAGAGACACUCUUUCAAAUGAUGGAUUUGAAUUAUACUUUAAAGGUUUUGAAAGUUAUAUUAAUGAGCAUUCAACUUUGGAUAAAGUAUUAAUUUAUUUAUAUUAAUAGAUGUCAAUUUAACAAUUAUAAGAUUUUGUAGAAGGUCCUAUGAAGAGAAUUAUAUAGGAUAAGUAAGAACUAAUGGAAAAAGAAAAAGAAAGAAAAUAGGCAUAAAAUGAAAAAAUAAUAUGA